CUGCCGGAUCUUGAGCUGUUCUGCUCGUCUCCAGUAGGCUUACCGUGGUGAGGAGUUCUCAUUUGUCAACGGCAGACACAAAACUUCGCACUUUCAGUGCUACCUUUCGGCAGAAGUAGGAACUUGUCGCCACCACAUCUUCCAAGAUGUCGUUCGAUCCCCAAGAUCCCGAUAUGUUGUACCUUGCGGUAGAUCGCAAGAAGUUGAUGAGAGAACAGACCCAGACCUUUGAUGGUAAAAAGGCCUGCUGGAUUCCUGACGAAAAGGAAGGGUUUUUGGCCUGUGAGAUUGAAAGCACCAAAGGAGAUGAAAUCACCGUCAGGCAGAAUAAUAAUAACGCGCAAAGAACCGUCAAGAAGGAUGACAUCAUGCAGAUGAAUCCCCCCAAGUUCGAGAAGAUUGACGACAUGGCUAACUUGACCUACCUUAACGAGGCUGCCGUUUUGUACAACUUGAGAGCUAGAUACACCGCUUCUCUGAUCUACACCUACUCUGGCCUGUUCUGUGUCGCCAUCAACCCCUACCGCCGACUUCCCAUCUACACAACAAGCGUCAUUGAGAAGUUUAGGGGCAAGCGUAGGGUGGAGAUGCCUCCCCACUUGUUCUCCGUAGCUGACAACGCCUACCAGUACAUGUUGCAAGAUCGCGAGAACCAGUCCAUGCUGAUCACUGGCGAAUCUGGAGCUGGUAAGACUGAGAACACCAAGAAGGUUAUCCAAUAUUUGGCUAUGGUUGCCGGAGGGACAAAGGAUAAAGACAAGGAUAAGGAAAAAGACGAAUCAGACAAGAAGAUUGGAUCACUCGAGGAUCAAAUUAUUCAGGCCAACCCGGUCUUGGAAGCGUACGGUAAUGCAAAGACCACCCGUAAUAACAACUCCUCCCGAUUCGGUAAGUUCAUCCGUAUCCAUUUCGGUACCCAAGGAAAGAUUGCCGGUGCUGAUAUUGAAACAUACCUACUGGAGAAAUCUCGUGUCACCUUUCAACAGCCCGCUGAGAGGAACUACCACAUCUUCUACCAGCUCCUGUCUGAUGGCGUCCCCAAGCUCGCCGAAAAGCUGUUGACGUCCUGCGACCCCGCCCUGUUCUACUUCAUCAACCAGGGCGCCCUCACCGUCGACGGCAUUGACGACGUUGAGGAAAUGAAAAUGACAGACGUCGCCUUCGAUGUGUUGGGCUUCACGCUUGAAGAGAAGACCAGUAUGUACAAGGGUACGGGAGCCAUCAUGCACUUCGGCGAGAUGAAGUUCAAGCAGAGAGGCGAGCAGGCCGAGGCUGAUGGAACUGCUGAGGUUGAGAAAGUCGCCUUCUUGCUCGGGGUCAAUGCUGGUGACCUUGUCAAAGGUCUCCUGAAACCAAAGAUCAAGGUCGGCAACGAAUAUGUCACCCAAGGUCGUACCAAGGAUCAGGUGGUUUACUCCGUGGCUGCCCUGGCUAAGUCCCUAUACGAUCGUAUGUUCGGCUGGCUGGUAAAGAGAGUCAACAAAACACUGGACACCAAGAAACCAAGGCAGUUCUUCAUCGGUGUACUGGAUAUUGCUGGCUUUGAGAUCUUCGACUUCAACAGCUUCGAGCAGCUGUGCAUCAACUACACCAACGAGCGUCUGCAGCAGUUCUUCAACCACCACAUGUUCAUCCUGGAACAGGAAGAAUACAAGAGGGAAAACAUCCAGUGGGAGUUCAUUGACUUCGGUAUGGACUUGCAAGCCUGCAUCGAUCUCAUUGAAAAGCCUAUGGGUCUGUUGUCCAUCCUGGAAGAGGAGUGCAUGUUCCCCAAGGCGUCUGACAAGACGUUCAAGGACAAGCUGUUUACCAACCACAUGGGCAAGUCACCUAACUUUGGCAAACCUCAGAAGGGACAGAAGGGUGCAACACAUGCCCACUUCGCCCUGAAGCACUACGCUGGCACAGUGCCCUACAACAUCAACGGAUGGCUUGAGAAGAACAAGGAUCCCCUUAACGAGACUGUCGUGGAGUUGCUGUCUCACUCCAAGGAAGCCAUGGUUCAGACUUUGUUUGCGAUUCCCGAGGCGCCAGCUGAAGCUCCAAAGCACAGAAAGAAGGGUUCGAGUUUCAUGACGGUGUCCUACAUGCACAGGGAGUCUCUGAACAAACUGAUGAAGAACUUGUACAGCACUCACCCCCACUUCGUGCGUUGCAUCAUCCCCAACGAGUUCAAGACGCCAGGUCUGAUUGACGCUCAUCUCGUGCUCCACCAGCUGCAAUGUAACGGUGUACUUGAGGGUAUUCGUAUCUGUCGUAAGGGUUUCCCCAACAGAGUCAUCUAUUCCGAGUUCAAGCAGAGAUACUCCAUCUUGGCCCCUAAUGCCAUUCCCCAAGGCUUUGCUGACGGCAAAGUUUGCACCGCGAAGAUUCUUGAAGCUCUUCAGAUGGACACAAAUGAAUACCGUUGUGGUCUUACCAAAGUAUUCUUCAAAGCUGGUGUGCUGGGUUACCUAGAGGAUCUCCGUGACGAGCGUCUGUCCGCCAUCAUCUCCAUGUUCCAAGCCCACAUCCGUGGAUAUCUGAUGCGUAAGGCUUACAAGAAACUCCAGGACCAGAGAAUUGGCCUCUCCGUGAUUCAGAGGAACAUCCGUAAGUGGCUGUCCAUGAGGAACUGGCUCUGGUGGAAACUGUACACCAAGGUCAAGCCCCUCCUCAACAUUGCCCGUGCUGAGGACGACAUGAAGAAGAAGGAAGAAGAACUUGAAAAGACCAAGGAAGAGUUGUCUAGGGUUAGCCAGAGAGGAAAGGAACUUGAGGAGCAGAACGUCACCCUUCUUCAACAGAAGAACGACCUGUUCCUUCAACUGCAGACUGAGCAGGACAGUUUGGCUGAUGCAGAGGAGAAAAUCGAGAAGUUGAUUGGUCAGAAGGGAGACUUUGAACAACAGUUGAAGGAUCUCGAGGAACGACUCUUGGACGAAGAAGAUGCAAAUGCUGAUGCGUCCGAGAGGAGAAAGAAGAUGGAAGGAGAAAUCGACGAUCUCAAGAAAGACUGUGAAGAACUUGAAGGCAAUCUAGCAAAGGCUGAACAAGAUAAACAGACCAAAGACAACCAGAUCAAGACACUCCAGGAUGAGAUGGCAGCUCAGGAUGAACAAAUCGCAAAGCUGUCCAAAGGCAAGAAGGAUCUCGAGGAGCUCCAGAAAAAGACAAUGGCAGAUCUUCAGGCUGAGGAAGACAAGGUCAACCAUCUCAACAAACUCAAGCAGAAACUCGAAUCAACACUUGACGAGCUUGAGGAUAAUCUGGAACGCGAGAAGAAGGUGAGAGGUGAUGUAGAGAAGGCCAAGAGGAAGGUGGAACAGGAUCUGAAAAUGACACAAGAAACAGUAGAGGACCUGGAACGUGUCAAGCGGGAGCUUGAGGAGAAUGUUAGAAGGAAAGACAUGGAAAUCAGUGGUCUCAAUUCUAAGCUGGAAGACGAACAGUCUCUGGUUGCUCAACUCCAGAGGAAGAUUAAAGAACUACAGGCCCGUAUUGAAGAACUUGAGGAGGAACUCGAGGCCGAAAGACAAGCAAGAGCCAAGGUCGAGAAACAGAGAACUGAACUAUCUCGGGAAUUGGAAGACCUCGGCGAGCGCCUGGAUGAGGCCGGCGGCGCCACCGCUGCUCAGGUCGAGUUGAACAAGAAGCGUGAGCAGGAACUCCUGAAGCUGCGUCGUGAUCUCGAGGAAUCCACUCUUCAGCAUGAGUCUCAGGUCGCAUCUCUCCGCAAGAAACAACAGGAAGCUUCCAAUGAGCUCAGUGACCAGGUUGACCAGCUCCAGAAGGUCAAGAGCAGGCUGGAGAAGGAGAAGAACCAGAUGAAGAGCGAGAUGGAUGAUCUGCAUGCCCAGGUCGAACACGUGUCCAAGAACAGGGGAACAUCCGACAAGCUUUCGAAACAGAUGGAGAACCAGCUAGCCGAACUCAACAGCAGGAUUGACGAUGGACAGCGCCAAGUCAGCGACCUCAGCUCCCAGAAGAACCGCCUUCAGGCUGAGAGUGCAGACCUCACCCGUCAAUUGGAAGAUGCUGAACACCGCGUGGGCUCUCUCUCCAAGGAGAAGAACUCACUCGCUAGCCAGUUGGAGGAGGCUAAGAGAUCACUUGAGGAUGAGACCAGAACCCGCCAAAAGCUCCAGAGCGAAGUAAGAAAUCUGAGCUCCGACCUGGACGGUAUCCGCGAACAACUGGAAGAGGAACAAGAAGGUCGCAGUGAUCUUCAGAGGCAGCUGUCCAAGGCGAAUGCCGAGGUGCAGCAAUGGAGAUCGAAGUUCGAAAGCGAGGGAACAGCCCGCACAGAGGAACUCGAGGAUGCUAAGCGCCGCCUUCAGUCAAAACUCAACGAUGCUGAACAGAACAUGGAAGCUGCCCAGGCCAAGGUCAACGCCCUUGAGAAGUCCAAGUCACGCCUUCAGGGUGAACUGGAAGAUCUGAUGGUCGACGUCGAGAGGUCCAACGCUAACGCCAACUCACUAGAGAAGAAGCAGCGUGCCUUUGACAAGACCCUUUCUGAGUGGCAAUCCAAGGUGAAGGACCUUCAGUCCGAGCUUGAGAACGCUCAGAAGGAGUCCCGCGGUUACUCUGCUGAACUCUUCCGUACCAAGGGCCAACUGGAGGAGUCUCAGGACCAGAUCGAGUCUGUCAGGAGGGAGAACAAGAACUUAGCUGAUGAGAUCCACGACCUCACUGAUCAGCUUACCGAUGGCGGUCGCAGCACGCACGAGACCCAGAAGAUGUGCAAACGUCUCCAGAUGGAGAAGGAGGAACUGCAGGCUGCCCUGGAGGAGGCCGAGGCUGCCCUGGAACAGGAAGAGGCCAAGGUCAUGCGUGCUCAGCUCGAGAUGUCGCAGGUCCGUUCUGAGAUUGACAGACGCAUCCACGAGAAGGAAGAGGAAUUCGAAAACACACGCCGCAACCACCAGCGUGCUCUUGACUCCAUGAACGCAAGUCUGGAGGCUGAAACCAAGGGCAAGGCUGAGGCCAUGAGGAUCAAGAAGAAGCUGGAAUCUGACAUCAACGAGCUGGAGAUUGCCCUGGACGGCGCCAACCGUGGCCGGGCUGAGGCCGAGAAGAACAUCAAGAGAUACCAGCAACAAGUCAGGGAACUCUCAGCAUGCGUUGAAGAAGAGCAGCGCAACCGUGAUGAGGUCCGCGAGAACCUCAACAUGACUGAACGUCGUUGCAACAUCCUCACCGGGGAGUGCGAGGAGCUCCGUACAGCUCUCGAGUCCGCCGAGCGUGCCCGUAAGGGAGCUGAAAACGAGCUGACUGAUGCCAACGACCGUGUCAACGAACUCGCCGCCCAGGUGUCAUCUGUAUCCAGCCAGAAGAGGAAAUUGGAGGGAGAUGUUACCGCCAUGCAGGCUGACCUGGAUGAGAUGAACUCUGAACUCCGUGGCUUUGAGGAUAGCGCCAAGCGCGCUAUUGCCGAUGCCGCCCGUCUGGCUGACGAGCUCCGACAGGAGCAGGACCACGGACUCCAGGUGGAGAAGCUCCGCAAGGGGUUGGAGAGUCAGGUGAAGGAAUUGCAGUCCCGUUUGGAUGAAGCUGAGGCACAGACACUCAAGGGAGGCAAGAAGAUCAUUCAGAAACUCGAACAGAGAGUCCGUGAACUCGAGUCUGAGCUUGACAACGAACAGCGCCGCCACGCGGAGACCCAGAAGAACAUGCGCAAGGCUGACAGACGUCUUAAGGAGAUCGCGUUCCAGUCUGACGAGGACAGAAAGAACCAGGAGAGACUCCAGGACACCAUCGACAAACUCAACGGCAAGAUCAAGACAUACAAGCGCCAAGUGGAGGAAGCUGAGGAAAUCGCUGCUGUCAAUCUGGCCAAGUUCCGCAAGGUUCAGCACGAGCUGGAGGAUGCUGAGGAGAGAGCCGACUCAGCCGAAAGCACCCUUCAGAAGCUCCGCGCCAAGAACCGUAGCUCCGUGUCCCAACAACGCACCAGUGCCAGCCCCGCGGGAGGUAGGGCAAGAAGCAGCGAUCGCAGCCUUAGAGCUGGUUCGCUCGCUUAAAUAGCCUAUCACCAGAGCGAGAGCGCCUUCUUCUGAGUAAAGAACACCAAACCAGCGUUUGACUUUGACUGUGUCUGGAGGAAUGAAUUCUUCUUACCGCCGUACCCACGAUCCGUCCAAUGAGGGUGAAGAUACUCCUUAUUAAUAAUACAUAGCAGGGGCCUCCCGGUUUUUCCCCGAGGGCCCAUGUACAUACAUACCGCUAUCAAGUCUUGCAUUUUAAGGGAACCAAACGUAUCGUCACUGCUUUGCUCUGUGGGUGUAUUUUAUGCCAUUUAAGCACGCGACCUUAAAAGCUCGAGAAAAAUACAAACGUGCUUAUUGGAGUGAUUUUCUCCUGCAUAAUGGGCGGUACCCCCAAAUGACAUUCUCUCUAGUUCCCAUAGGAUUUUUCUUCUUUUCUUGUUAUGUAUGUUUAUGUAUUUAUAGGUGAUUAUGAUAUAUACGAUGUGAUAAUUUUCUUGUAUUUAUGAUAAUUUAUUCAUUGCCUAAGCUGGGGUCGUGUACAGAUUCGGCUGAUGUUUGAGCACGUGCAAAACAUGCCCCCCUCAUUGGACGCCACAAAGGAAACAGAAUAAUGCAAUUAUUUGAAACGUUUUGUUGUUUCCUUUGUGUUUCAUAAAAAUCUUUUAGAGUGAUGUAAACUUAAGGCAGUAAUAAAACUUCUGUCAUAA